UUCUGUGAUUUCAGUGGAAAAUGCAUAUUUUAAUAAAUUGUUUGACAUUUCAUUUUUAUCAAAAAGCUCAUAGUGAAAUAAUAAAAAAAUAUUCUGCUAAUAUCCAAACACCACUGUAGUUAAAAGAAAGAGUUUUUAGUAGAUUUUGUAAUUUAUUUAUUGCGAUUACUUUAAUUUAUGUUUACCAGAUAGACAAUGCGGAUGCAAGAUGAUGUCUGAUCAGUUUAGAAAGGUAGAACCGUAUUCUCCGAAAUCAUCGCCAAGAGGGGCGAGGUCACCAGUUGUCUCUCGUCAGGACUCUUCUGGUACUCUUAAGACGACAAUAUCACUUGGCAAAAACCCUUCUAUAGUGCACAGUGGACCAUUCUAUUUGAUGAAAGAACCUCCAGGAGAAUGUGAGCUCACUGGGGCCACUAAUUUGAUGGCUUUUUAUGGCCUUGAACAUUCAUAUAGUAAGUUCAAUGGGAAAAAACUCAAGGAAUCAUUGUCAUCAUUCCUCCCAAAUCUCCCCGGCAUAGUAGAUGGGCCCGGACAAGAAGAUAACAGUACUUUGGGUUCAGUGAUUGCUAAAAGACCCAUUGGUGGCAAAGAUUUGCUGCCUCUCACUAGUGCACAGCUGGCAGGCUUCCGACUGCAUCCUGGACCUCUGCCAGAGCAGUAUCGCUAUGUGAGUGCGACCCCACCAAAAAGACAUAAGAGUAAGCACAAGAAACAUAAGCAUAAAGAUGGAGUGCCACCAGGACAGGACACACCUCUACAAGAUUCUUCUAAUCCUGAUCCCUAUGAGAAGAAACACAAAAAGCAGAAAAGACAUGAUGAUGACAAGGAGCGGAAGAAAAGAAAAAAGGAAAAGAAGAGGAAAAAACAGAAACACAGCCCCGAGCAUGGAGGCCUCACACCAAAUCAGCAUCCUGUAGCUUAAUUAAUAAAAUAUAUUUUAGGUUAUGCCCAAUAUAAUGGGUCCAAAGAGAAUUUCAUUUAUUUUGUCUAUUACAUUAUCAUGUCGAUGGACCUUUAUUUAAAAAAAAAAGUAAUUUUGUCAUCUCUUUGGGCCUAACAUCUCAAAACUAUAGUUAAGGAAUUAGCUAAUGUAAUUAAUUAUGUUUAGUUUAUUAUAAGCUUGUUUUUGAUAUAUUUUUUUAUUUUUAAAGUAAUGUAGUGAUUGGAAGAAA